AUGUACUGUUGUUGUCAUGUGGAUGUCUCUGCUGAAGAGGAGAGCAUGCCCGCCAGAAAGAAAGAGGUUCCAAAGGCAGAGGCCCCCGCGCCGCGAACCGGCAUCAUUGCUGGAUUCAACAAGGGCCACAAGACCACCCGCCGCGCUCGCGCCCCUUCCUCCAAUGAUCGUUACGCCCUUCCGCACAAGAAACUGCGGGCGGUGAAGGCGAUCAUCACGGAUCUUGUCGGUCUUUCUCCCAUGGAAAGACGCGUGCAGGAGCUGCUGCGCGUUGGCAAGGACAAGCGUGCACUCAAGUUCUGCAAGAAGCGCCUUGGCAACUUCAAGGCCGCCAAGAAGAGACGUGCCAAGAUGGAGGAGGCCCUUCGCCACCAGACCAAAAAGAAGUAA